AUGGAAACCACUCGACUGAUUGACGAGGAAGUCUCGGGGAAGAGUUGGCUUGCCUCCUCCUGGCACCCGGGGAAAACAGCCGUUGCUGCAGGAGACGACAGAGGAGGGUAUCGCUACCGCACUCGACGCGAGUUCUGGCUUCUUCAUGGCUGCCUCCUGCUGCUGUCAUCGAUGCUGGCCGUCGUUGGCAUCUCGAGCCUCGUCAUAUCUGAGCCACGUCGUGCCCCCGAAGUCAUGUGGUCGCCCAUCCUCGAUGCUGUGUCCGUUCAAAAGACCCGGUUCAACGAGACGUUCAUGUACCCGACAAAGUUCGCGUCCAAGUUCUCCAAUGGUCUUGCGUCCGAGGACGAGUGGCGCAGAUGGACGGCAAAUCCGAUGUUGGAUGGGCGUGACGGAACUAUCGCCGUGUCGGCCGAAGUGGUCGAGAGAAUCGCUCCAAUGUACACUUCGCAGUGGAAAGACUCGUUGAUCCAGCUGUCCCAUGGAGGUGAGACUCGGUAUAUGGGGCAAAUUGCCAUGUUUCAUCAUUUGCACUGUCUGAAUAUUCUCCGGCACGCAGUGCAUCCAGAACUGUACGGAGCCGCACCUGGAGGUGGCCACCUUGACCACUGUAUAGAGAGCCUGCGAGAGGUCCUCAUGUGCAAUCCAGGAGGCACCGAGGUGAUUUUGUUCCAUUGGAUGGAAGAUUCGGAGAAGCCAUAUCCAGACUAUAACACUUUCCAUCAGUGUAGAGAUCCAGGCGCGGUUUUAGAUUGGGCUCUGGAACAUGCAGUCAAAAUCAGGGGACCUCUGACUAAACCCAGCGGCGUCUUUGCGAUGCAGGAUCCCCCAUACUGA